AUGGACGGACAGGAUUCACAAGACCCCAAGCAAAGCCCUGCUGAUAUGACUGCCUUUGUGCAAAAUCUUCUUCAGCAGAUGACUUGCUAUAUACAUGAACUCUGGAAAAAAGAUGUUUUUCUUGACGUUAGUGCACUUGAUGAUAUGGGAAACCGUAUAAAUGAGUUGGAACAAAGCAUCAAUGAUCUAAGAGCUGAGAUGGGAGUGGAGUCCUCUCCAUCACCUGUGCCCACUGCUAAGCCAACAGAGGAAGAAACUAAAGAAGAGGUUUAUGCUUUGUGGGUCACUUACAAGACAAGGGCAAUUCAAGUACCAUUUAUAAAGAAUGAGAGUUGGAGUGCCAAGAACAUCUUGGAGGACAACAGUACAGUGUACAAGAUGUUUUCUCACACCCAAUUGAUGGAAAGAGUGAUGAGGGGGGCAUCAUAA